AGAGCUAGAACACGGGCAACUCUGAAGUUAAACGCUCAGUUUUUUGAACAAUGUGAAGAGAUAUUAUUCAUUUAAAACGGAAAGUUUAGUCUUUUACAGACAAACGUGUAUUUCCGGGGCGGCUCAUAUGUAGCCUAGAUGAUGUCUUUGCUUCAUGCUGUCGAUGAAGGCAUCAAAAUGUGCAAAGCUGAAGAAUUAAGACUCACAGAAACCAUCAGACAGUGCAAAGAGUUUUUACGCGCAAUGAGGAUAUGUGUGACAGACAUCAGUGAACUGGAACCGGCAGGUACCAAAGAUGAUAUUAUGCCUGAAGAAAAACAAGAAAUGGAACUGCUGAAUCAAGUUUUGAAGAAAGCCCUGAAAAUUCGCAGCACGUCUGAGGCUCAUAAGGAACUUUCGUCUGACAGUGACAUUAGCACCCUUCCCAAGAAGAGCAGAAACAAACCGGCUGUUAAAGACGAGGAUAAAAGAAAACAGGUCUCGUCUGAGUUCUCCAGCAGAACACUCAAUCACCGCGUGCGAUCGGCUGGAGGCAGCGAUGCCCGUGGGGGAAUGUGGACGCGGCCUGUUCUGGUCCGGAAAGGAUCGUCUGCUCAUCCGGUUGUCAAGGGAAAGCAGUCAGUUCGGAAGAGCGCUCCGGGGAAGAUCUCCACAACAUCCCAGGCGAAGAUCUGUGAUUUUAAAACCACAAUCGCUGAAGGGCCAUCGGAAGAUCAAUCCACGUCAAACUCCUGUAAGCCUCUGCAUGAAGAUGUGCCUGUGUCAGACAAACAUCAAAAAUCGAAUGAACAAUGGAUACCGUCUCCUUUGUUACCAGUUUGGAGAUCACAGAGAACAAAACAGAGCAGAUUGUGGAACAAAAUACUAACCCAUCAAUCCAAGCCGGUACCAGAGAGAGCUCAUUUCACCGAGAGACUUCGAUCAACUUUUCCAUCAGAACGGCCUUCUGGAUGUCCCGCCGAUGCCAGAACAAAGCUGGACGUGCUCACGCAGCGCUGUCUGGACCUGACGCACAGCUUUCAUGGCGAGUUAUGGAACCAGCAGGCUGACCAGAGCCGCCCGGCACGAUCAGAGCCAGAGGGUGUGCGUGUCACAGGGGCGACGGCCGAGAGAUGGUACGAGUCUACGCUGAUGCUGGAAGGUCUAGAGAGGAUGACUGAAGAACUUCUCACGUGUGCAGAUCGUCAGAAGAAAGACUGGGACAGGUGGAACAAGUGUCACACUGAAACUCCGUGUCCCGUCCGGAGGAGAGGGGAAUGGGAUGAACCAGAGGGUCCCAGCCUGCCGCCCGUCCUGUCUUACGCCAAUGAGACUGAACUGAGAGAACUGGAAACCAGAAGACUUCAAGUGGAACAACUACAGCAGGCUGUCAAACUUCAUCAGGCGAUGUCUGAUAGUCUCUCAUCAUACUGGACUUCGAUGGAUUCGGGAACGGGGCGGCCCAGCGCUGUGGUUCUGCGCGGCCUGUACUCGCUGCUGGCAGAGGGGGGGCUGCAGUUCCCGUCGCUGGUUUUGGACUCUGAGUCAGAAUAGGCAAAAAUGACAUUAUUAGGGUAAUUUGAUUACAUUUCAUGGAGCUCAGCAGGAAAUAGAUCACUGAUGCGGAGACGCAUAUUUUGAGAUGGAUAGCUUUCUGGAACGCAUUUGUUGGUAUUUCCGUGUCGAGUGUGUGCUGUGUGAAUCUGGGGCUCAAAUGCUGACUUGACUGUGAUAUGAGAGAGUGCAGCUGGCCUUCAGAAAUGGGAAUAAAGCCUCCAGCUGAUUUCUGUCAUGAACCGUGAGUCAGGAUUUCAUUUCAUCUGUAUACAUUAUGGGGGUUUUUUGGGUCUGGAUUCAAACAACUUAACAAGUCACAGGUGUCUCUUGAAUACUACUACUAGAGUUAUAUAGUGUCUUCGUGAUGUGUUGUGUUUGUGCCAGCAGAGGGCGACGUGUACUUUAUGCUGUCCUGAAUGUGUUAACAAUAGAGGGGUUAUUUAUUCAUAAUCAAAAAUUGACCAUUUACUUGAUAUACUCCCAAAGACAUUCAGUAAUUCUCUUCACAUCUCAUUCCGAUUCCCUAAUUCAAUACUGUACGACUGCAAUUUACGAGUUCACCCCUGACAAAAAGUGAGAAGUGACAACCCAUUUGAAUUGAAUCGGUGUAGUGUAUACAGUACUAAACUGAGCAAAUAACUCAUUUCAAAAAAAUUUUUUUUUCCCUGUGGAACUCUAAAAGCAGAAACAGCCUUAGGCCCGAUUCACAUUUCGCGUCUAAAACCGCGCGGAAAACGCGAGCUGCGCCUCUUUCUCUCUUCAAAUGACCCGCGGUGCGCGCGUGGCACUCCGAAAAGUUGAACUAUUUCCAUCCAAACCAUGCAAAUGUUGACUGAGGUUGAUCUGACUAAUAUCCAAUAUGGUUCUCAGUAAAAAAUAAAAUGUCACAUGGCUUUGGAAUGACAAAAAAUUUAAUUUGAGAGCACUGUCCUGUUAAGCAGUGCUUUUGGGUUUGGGCUUCGAAAGUGACGCUUCAAAUUGUUGCUGUGAGUAGUAUGUUAUUGUGAAUUCUUUAUCACAAGUUAAGGCUGUCACAAUUAUUAAAUAGUCGCAAUUAUUUGACCAACCACAAUUAUUUCAGAUAAUAACAAUUCGUACGUGCAAGACAGUCGUUUCUGUUAUUUUCACUUUACAGUGAUUGUUUUGGUUAAUUACAGAAAUUCCACAUUUCCAAAAGCUAUAUUUUGUUUGAAUUUACUUUUAGUUUUUAUUUAAAGAUGUUAAGUGUGUAAUCUUAUACUAGAAGUAACAAAUCACAAUUGUGACAAUUAUUUAAUCAAUCACACAAAGAAAUGACAACUAAAUCAAAGCCAUAAAAGACCAACUAAUAAUUGCAAGACAACCAUAAAUGCAAUUAUUUAUUACAAAAUUAAUCGUCAGCCAAAUUUCAUAAUUGUGAUUUCUUUAUUAUAUUCACCAGUUAGUUUGCGUGCAGGGUUUCAAGUGAGAGGGUCAGUAUGUCAAAUUUUGAGAAAUUUCUUAAUGAAAAAUGUAAGAACUUAUUUCUUUCUAUAGCCUACAUUCAGAGCUGGGUAGUAAUUGAUUACUUGUAAUCUGGAUUACGUAAUCAUAUUCCAAUAAUCAAGUACUUGUAAUUAAAUUACAUUACAUUUUAAAAUACUCGUUAUCAGAGUACAGUUACUAUUUUAUUUUUACAGAUUACAUUACAUAUUCCUUUUUUAUUUUUGUAAGCCUACCAUUUUAACUGUUAAGCCAACCAACCAACCCACCAUAACGAGUCUAACAUGUUUUUGUUUACAAGCAUUUAUGUUCGCUAUGUAUUGUUCAAGAACAGGGUUAAUCUUCACAAUCUAGCAACAAUAAACUAUGAUUUACGCGAUUAGUGCAAAUCACAACAUUCAUUGCGAAACGGCAUUAGUCAUAAAUCCAAAUAGAUUCGUGCUGCUGAAUUGUCCAUGCCCAACAUUCACAAUAUAUCAUCUAUUUUCAAAAUUUUUGUUCACAAAGGUAAUAAUUGUGAAAAAUAUUGAUAUAUGCUCUAUUGUUUCCAUUGGAUUUUGUAUAAAAUAAUCACAAACAGGUGGGUGAUAAAUUUAAUCUUUCACAACUUGAUUUUGUUGUUUUGCAACUGUGUACCUGUCAUUUGUCCAGUCUUUCUGUUGUGAACAUUUACAUUUUCUAUUAGCAAACAUUAUUGAUGUGGCUAUAAUAUAUGCAGGUAUUUAUGAAUCUAAAUUAUGUAGACAAAAUCCUAUUGUUUAGAUUAAAAAGUUAUUGUCAGAUUGCUGUGUUGAACCUACAUGUGUUGUUGUAUUGCAAUCAUUCAGUAUA